AUGAUUGGUGGCGCGCCGGUCGCCUCGGGAGACGCGGCCAACGAACUGCUCGAGGCGACGUUCGGGGACGAAGCGGAUGACGGGCUCCCCCCGGAGCGCUACGAUUUCGACCGCGCUCAAGCAUCGUCUACUGACGUGUUCACCACGUGGGGCAUUCAGCCUGCUAUUGGCUUUUCUGAUCCUCUGUGCGCGACCCACACCGCGAAUCCCGCCGCUAUAGGUGGUGAUUCUGCUCAGCGGACGGGGACUCCGCGCCUGGGAUUGGAAUCGGCAUCGGCAGGCGACGCUACGGCAGAGCAGCAGCACGAAAGUCAGGGCGGUGGCGGUGGCGUUGGCGUCGCUGUGGGUGAUAUUGCUGGUGCUGGUGCUAUUCUUAAUGGCGAUACUAUUGCAAAAGGCGACUCGGCGGGAGAGCAGCAGCGCGGGAUUCCUGGCGUUGGCGUUGCCGUCGGUGGUAUCUAUGCUACUUCUAUUGUCUCUGCUAGUGAAGACGCGGUCGCCACAGGAGACGCAGCAGCCAUGGGAGACCCUGCCGCCAUUGCAGAGGCCAACGAACUUCCAAGCGGGGGAGCCACCGCGCCGUCAGAACUUCCGCAAGACCUUCUCGAGGCUCGCCAACUGCUCGAGCUUUUCCGAGUGAUGAAGGUUGAACAAGAAGCUCAAUUUGAAGGACUCUCCCUGGCGCGCUACGGUUUCUACGAAGAAAAUGACCGCACUCAAGCAUCGUGUGCUGACGUGCUCACCGCGCUGGGCAUUCAGCCUGCUAGCGAGCAGCAGCACGAAAGUCAGGAUGCUGGCGUUGGCGUGCCGUUGGAGCUGGUGAUGGCGGUACGGGACUGA